UUGUGCUUAUAAAGCAAUGAUAAUUAAGCACUCAUCAUCGAACACAAGGCUCCACCAGUACUACUGUAAUUAAGCACCCAAAAUGGAUCCUACGGCUGGGACCGGCGGCGGAGAAGAAGCAUCAGAGAUGAGACAAGAGGAGACCACCCAAAUUCCCAACAUGAAAGAGCGCAAGGUGUCGUGGGCAAAGCUGCGCCGGGUGGACUCCCUCAACUUAGAGGCGGGGCGCCUUCUCUUCUCUCGCAGCCAUGCCUCCACCGUAAGUUGGAAGAGGACGCUGAGUUUGGCAUUUCAGAGCAUAGGGGUGAUAUAUGGGGACAUAGGGACGUCCCCACUAUACGUGUACGCUAGCACCUUCACGGAUGGGAUUGGGCAAACAGAGGACCUCUUGGCCGUGCUAUCUCUCAUAAUCUAUACCAUCCUCCUCAUUCCCAUGCUCAAGUACAUCUUCAUUGUGUUGUUGGCCAACGAUAACGGCGACGGGGGCACCUUUGCGCUGUACUCGCUUAUAUGUCGGUACGCAAAGGUGAGCUUGAUACCGAACCAGCAGCCGGAGGACCAGCAGCUAUCCCAUUACAGCCUCGACAUCCCCUCCAAACAGCUCAAACGGGCUCACAAGAUCAAGCACAAGCUCGAGACUAGUAAAACAUCCCAGGUUAUGCUCUUCCUCGUUACCAUCCUCGGCACUUCCAUGGUCAUUGGCGAUGGCGUCCUAACUCCCAGCAUCUCAGUUCUCUCUGCUGUCAGCGGAAUCAAAGCCUUAAGCCAAAAUGCUAUUGUGGGCAUUUCGGUUGUGAUCCUGGUCAUUCUGUUUUCUGUUCAACGAUUUGGCACUGACAAAGUGGGCUACUCCUUCGCUCCCAUCGUCUUGUUGUGGUUUACAUUCAUUGGCGGAAUUGGGCUCUACAAUUUGUUCAAAUAUGAUGUGGGUGUAUUGCGGGCUUUUAAUCCCAAGUACAUGAUAGAUUACUUCAAGAGAGACGGGAAGAAGGCAUGGAUCUCUCUUGGUGGGGUUGUUUUGUGCAUAACAGGGACAGAAGCCAUGUUUGCUGAUCUCGGCCACUUUAACAUCCGAGCAGUCCAGAUUAGCUUCUCUGGAAUCGUGUUUCCUGCAUUACUAUGUGCGUACAGUGGACAAGCUGCCUACCUGGUCAAACACCCUACUCAUGUGGGUAACACUUUCUAUGACUCCAUUCCAGAUCCAUUGUACUGGCCAACUUUUGUCGUGGCUGUUGCGGCUGCUAUCAUUGCGAGCCAAGCCAUGAUAUCCGGCGCCUUUGCCAUCAUCUCGCAGUCCCUCAGCCUGGGUUGCUUCCCACCGGUUAAAGUUGUGCACACCUCUGCCAAAUACGAGGGCCAGGUUUACAUACCAGACGUCAACUACAUCCUCAUGAUUGCCUGCGUUUUGGUCACCGUCGGAUUCAAAUCCACAGAAAAGAUUGGGCAUGCCUAUGGAAUUGCUGUGGUCGCCGUCAUGACCAUCACAACCUGCAUGGUCACUCUCAUCAUGCUUGUUAUAUGGAAGACGAGCAUAUGGUGGAUUGCCUGCUUCUUCCUGGUGUUUAUGUCCAUAGAGUCCCUGUAUCUCUCUUCUGUGCUCUACAAAUUCAUUCAGGGAGGUUACCUUCCACUGGCUUUCUCGGCGGUUCUCAUGGGGGUCAUGGGAGCAUGGCACUACGUGCACAAAGAGAGAUAUAUGUUUGAGCUGCGCAACAAGGUUUCCGGUGAGUUCAUUAAAGACUUAGCCGUUAACCCAAAUAUCAACAGGGUGCCCGGAAUUGGGCUUCUCUAUUCCGAGCUCGUGCAGGGAAUCCCACCCAUUUUCCGUCACUUCAUCGAAAACAUACCCUCCAUCCAUUCGGUUGUGGUGAUCAUCUCCAUAAAGGCCAUUCCCAUCAGUAAAGUGGAAAUGGGGGAGAGGUUUCUAUUCCGGCAGGUUGAACCCAGACACUUCCGGGUGUUCCGGUGCGUGGUGAGAUAUGGGUACAAUGAUGCAAUCGAUGAGCCCAAGGAGUUUGAGCGGCUGCUGGUGGAGAACCUGAAAGAGUUCAUCAGGAAUGAGCAUUUCAUUUCAGAAGGAGUAGAGCAAACCAUCGCCGCGCCGGCGACGGAGCAGCAAUCCCAUUCUACCGGAGCCGGCGGCAAGGUGAAAGGGCCCAGUUCAUCGACGGUUCAUAUUGAGGAGUCACUAGAGCAGCAGAAAAACUCAUCCCGCGUGUCAUCGGCAUCCAUCGGCUCCUCCAACCAAACCGUGUCGGUGUCUUCACCGACGAUCCAAGGAGCCGACGAGGAGAUGCAAUUUGUGCAGAAAGCAAUGGACCAUGGAGUGGUUUAUCUGCUCGGAGAAACGGAAGUGACUGCCCAACACAAUUCAUCCCUCUUCAAGAAGGUGGUUGUCAACCAUGUCUAUAAUUUCCUGAGAAAAAACUUUAGGCAAGGCGAAAAAGUGUUGGCAAAACCACAAAGUCGGCUUCUUAGGGUUGGGAUGACCUACGAGAUAUGACUCAUUCAAUCUCUAUAUAUCACUACUAUGUUUGUAUCCAUACGUAUAUGAAAUGUGUUAAUAGUUGAAAGACCUGUUAAUCACAAUAAAAGCUUGUCUUGAAGUGUCUUUAAGAAGACUCUCGGAUUGUAUUAGAGUUUGUCAAAUUGGCUGAUGCAAGUAUAUAUGAAGUUUGUGAAUGAACGCUUGUUGUAAUAUGUAAAUAA